AUUUUCCGGUUCUCACCACAAUGGCUAAAGCAAGAGUCCAGUCAAAGCACUCUCGUGCGGCCCGCCGGGCAGCAUCGCCGAGUCUCGACGUUGACAAGUCCUUGACCACCCUUCCCCGUGCCGAAGAUACCGUGAUACAGCGUGAAUCCAUCCUUUCCGAUCGCGCAAAUGCCGGUGUCUCGAAGAAGAAGUCGAAAACCAAGGGCCUAACAAAGGCGCAGCGUGCCAGGCAGCAGAAGGGUAUCGAAAGAGCAGAGAAUAUCAUGGAUCAACUGGAGGCGAAAGUGGAGAAAAGUGUCAAGCGGGGGAAAACUGUGAAAGCACGUAGGGCUGAGUGGGAAGACCUGAAUCGCAAAUCGGGAGCGACCAUGUUUCAGAACCUCAACGACGAGGCCGACAAUGACGACGAUGACGCUAUGGCUGAUGUUUCCGCGGCUCCUAAGAAAACGAAGCCGCAGCCGCAACCAACACACGUGGCUCAAAACCUGGUGGCCGACCAACACGCAGAUAUUGACGUGGACGAUGAUAUCAGCUGAGAUGUCACAGCGACAGUGCAAAGGAGAUACCGGGCUGGUCACGCCAACUAUUUCCUUGGCCUAAGCUGGUUGAUCAUUCGAUCAAUAUCAGCGACAGCUGGCCCCGAAGCUCUCGUCCGGAGGAGCUCCAGGGUAUUGAAGUCCUUGGCC